AUGAUGCAGGCGGAGCCGUCUUUCUGGGCCCAGAUCUGGCGCACGGUCCGCGUGCUGGGCCUGGCUUUCCUGCUCAUGGCCGGGGCGGGCGCGCUGAUGGACGAGCGCGGCCUGUCACGCGGCGUGCUCAACUCCCCCGACCUGAAGCCGCAGGUGGAGACGGGGACCAAGUUCUCCGACGUCAAGGGCGUGGACGAGGCCAAGGGCGAGCUGGAGGAGAUGGUGGAGUACCUGCGCGACCCCGCGCGCUUCACCGCCCUGGGCGGCAAGCUGCCCAAGGGCGUGCUGCUGGUGGGCCCCCCCGGGACGGGGAAGACCAUGCUGGCGCGCGCGAUCGCGGGGGAGGCGGGCGUCCCCUUCUUCUACACCUCCGGCUCGGAGUUCGAGGAGAUGUUCGUGGGCGUGGGCGCGCGGCGCGUGCGCGACCUGUUCGCUGCGGCGCGCAAGGCGGCGCCCUGCAUCGUGUUCAUCGACGAGAUCGACGCCAUUGGGGGCAAGCGCAACCCCAAGGACCAGCAGUACAUGAAGAUGACGCUGAACCAGCUGCUGGUGGAGCUGGACGGCUUCAAGCCCAGCGAGGGCGUGAUUGUCGUCGGCGCCACCAACUUCCCCCAGUCGCUGGACAAGGCGCUGAUCAGGCCCGGCCGCUUCGACCGCCACGUGACCGUGCCCAACCCCGACGUGCGCGGGCGGCGCCAGAUCCUGGAGGCCCACGCGCGGCGCGUGCCGCUGGCCGCCGACUGCGACCUGGACGUCGUGGCGCGCGACACGCCCGGCUUCUCCGGCGCCGACCUGGCCAACCUGGUGAACGUGGCGGCCCUCCGCGCCGCCCGCGACGCCAAGGCCGCCGUGGGCCAGGCCGACCUGGAGUUUGCGCGCGACCGCAUCCUGAUGGGCGCCGAGCGCCGCUCCGCGCUGGUCAGCGACAAGAUCCGGCGCCUGACCGCGUACCACGAGGGCGGGCACGCGCUGGUGGCGCUCUACACCCCCGGCGCCGCCGCGGUGCACAAGGCGACGGUGGUGCCGCGCGGCGGCGCCCUGGGCAUGGUCAGCCAGCUGCCGGACGCCGACGCGGAGCUGAGCGUGACGCGGCGCCAGCUCCUGGCGCGCCUGGACGUCGCCAUGGGCGGGCGCUGCGCGGAGGAGCUCAUCUUCGGCGAGGGCGACGUGACCACGGGCGCCAGCAGCGACCUGGUCGCGGCCACGGGCCUGGCGCGGGCCAUGGUCACCGACUACGGCUUCUCCGCGCGCCUGGGCGCCAUGAGCAUCCCCUUUGCGGAGGCCAGCGCCGAGGCGCAGGCCGCCAUCGAGGCCGAGGUGCGCGCGCUGGUCACCGCCGCGCACGCGCGGGCGCGGGACCUGCUGGCGGCGCACGAGAAGGAGCUGCACGCGCUGGCCGCCGCGCUGCUCAAGGAGGAGACGCUAUCCAUCGCAAACGCCAUGGCGGAAGGCCUGUCGGUGAACCACGCUGCCGAGCCAGACCUGAGCCCGGGACCUGCAGGAACCCCAAAGUACCUGCGCACGAAGGACCAUGUGCUCAGCAUCGAGGAUGCCCUGGGCAACGUGGGACGACAUCUGAGCAGACUGCAGAGGGAGCGUCUGGAGUACGAGCCCCUGGUGCCCGAGGCGGCGGCAAAUCACGAGGCCAUCGCCAAGCUGUUCCCCCAGCUCUGCCGCUCCCCCCUCCACCUCCUGCGCCUGGUGCCCGGAGAGCAUGCCCCGCAUGCCGAGGGCCACCGCCCUCUCCGCAUCGGGGUGGUGCUGUCCGGUGGCCAAGCUCCUGGGGGCCACAAUGUCAUCACAGGCAUCUUUGACUACCUGGCCAAGCAGCACCCUGGCAGUGUGUUGAUAGGGUUCAAGGAUGGGCCACGCGGCAUCAUCAACAACGACCACAAGCUCCUCACCGCAAGAGAACUGGAGUUCUACCGUAAUCAAGGCGGAUUCCACCUGAUCUGCUCUGGUCGUGAUAAGAUUGAGAAGCCAGAGCAAUUGAAAGCAGCCAAGCAGACGUGCAAGGAGCUGGGCUUGGAUGGCUUGGUAGUGAUCGGCGGCGACGACUCCAACACCAACGCGGCAGUGUUGGCAGAGUACUUCCUCAGCCAAGACGUCCAGACCUGUGUGGUGGGCGUGCCCAAGACAAUCGAUGGCGACCUUAAGACAGCAGAUGUUCCCAUCUCCUUUGGCUUUGACACGGCCAGCAAGGUCUAUUCAGAGCUGAUCGGCAAUGUGAUGACGGACGCCUCGUCUGCGAAGAAGUACUACCACUUUGUGAGGUUAAUGGGGCGGGCGGCAUCGCACGUGACCCUGGAGUGUGCGCUGCAGACUCAUCCCCAGGUGGCCCUCAUCUCCGAGGAGGUGGACACGCACAGCUGGUCGCUGCAUGACAUUGCCAGCAGGAUCGCCGAUGUGGUGGUGGCGAGGGCCGAGGCUGGGAAGAACUACGGCGUGGUGCUGGUGCCGGAAGGGCUCGUAGAGUACGUUCACGACGUCUCCGCCCUGAUCGUGGAGCUGAACGAGCUGCUGGCCAAGGACAGCGCCGACCCGCAUGACCUCCCUGCCGUGGCCGCGAGCCUGACCCCGCCCUCCCGCGCCGUGUUCGAGUCGCUGCCCGCCGGCUUCAAGACCAUGCUGCUGGAGGAGCGAGACCCGCACGGCAACGUCCAGGUGUCGCACAUCGAGACCGAGAAGCUGCUCAUCCGGCUGGUGGAGGGGGAGCUGGCGGCGCGCCGCGCAUCCGGGCGCUAUGCCGGCAAGUUUGCUGCCAUCCCCCACUUUUUCGGCUACGAGGGCCGCUGCUCCCUGCCCACCAACUUCGACGCCUCCUACUGCUAUGCGCUGGGCCACGCCGCCGCGUCCCUGGUGGGCGGCCGCCGCACUGGGGUCAUGGCUACCGUGUCCGAUCUCCAGCUGCCAGCGGUGCGGUGGCGGGUAGGCGGCACCCCCCUGGUGGCCAUGAUGUGCCUGGAGCGGCGCAAGGGGGCGGUCAAGCCCGUCAUCCGCAAGGCACUGGUGGACCUGAAUGGGCCCGCCUUCAGGGCCUUUGCCGCCGUGCGGCGCAAGUGGGGGCUCACCGACUGCUUCCGUUCCCCGGGGCCCAUCCAGUUUUCUGGGACCCAGUACGCGGAUGUGGCGACGAUGACGCUGGGACUGGAGAUCAACGACGGUGACCCGGUGCUCCUCCUGGCCCACGGCCUCACAAACUACUGA